AUGGAGGGAACUCCUCAUCCGGUACCGAGGACUGUGGAGGAAGUCUUCAGCGAUUUCAGAGGCCGUCGAGCUGGUCUCCUCAAAGCUCUUACUGCUGAUCUGAUUAUUGUUUCUCCAUGCUGCCUUGUAGAAAAAGAGAACCUCUGUCUAUAUGGGCUUCCAAAUGAGACUUGGGAAGUAAACUUGCCUGUUGAGGAAGUGCCACCCGAACUCCCUGAGCCUGCUCUUGGGAUAAACUUUGCCCGAGAUGGGAUGCAAGAGAAGGACUGGCUAUCACUUGUUGCAGUACAUAGUGACUCGUGGCUGCUUUCUGUUGCAUUCUACUUUGGUGCACGAUUUGGAUUUGGUAAAAGUGAAAGGAAACGGCUUUUUCAGAUGAUUAAUGAUCUCCCCACCGUUUUCGAAGUUGUUACAGGGACCGUUAAGCAGCCAAAGGACCAAAAUAAUGGCAGCAGGAACAGAUCUAGUAACAAAAUGCCUUCUCGACAGCCCGAGUCCCAACCAAAAGCAAUUAAGAUGGCGGAUGAAGAAGACGAGUCGGGAGGUGAGGAAGAAGAAGAGGAGGACGAUGAACAGGGAGCCACGUGUGGAGCCUGUGGGGAUAAUUAUGCCAAUGACGAAUUCUGGAUUUGCUGUGAUAUUUGUGAGAGGUGGUUCCAUGGGAAAUGCGUGAAGAUAACGCCUGCAAAAGCCGAACAUAUCAAGCAAUACAAAUGCCCUACCUGCAGUAGCAAGAGAGCUAGGGUUUAG